AUGGAGGCCAGGUCAAUUCCUGCGCUGGUCAGUGGACUUGUUGAGUGUGUAGCCCAGCUAAUAAGAAUAGCUGAAGAGCUUUUGCAGUUUAUUUCACAGGAACACCAAGUUCCUUACCCAGGUCCAAGUGGAGAAGGUGAAGCCAGUUCAGCUCCUUCCGAGGAAAUUCCAUUGCCAGAUCUUGCUGAUCUCUCCGACCUAGAGUCAAUACUUUCACUAAAAGAAGAUGAAGAUCUCAUCCUUGACAUUGAUGAAGCAAUGUUAGAUAUCGACAACCUGUAUGAUGUGAUACCUACUGAUAAUGAUGAUGUAAAUAAUGAGUAA